CCUGUCCUCUUCGAUUGACCUCUAUCUUUGGACAGGGCUUUGAUUUUGGUGAGGUUAACGGGGAAAAAAAUUAUAAUAGCGUCCUUUUUAUCUGGUAAUGUUCGUCACUUGUCAGAACUUUCCCACAGCAUCUAGAUGUCAUGCAACUUGCUUCUGUCAGCUGAGGAGACUAUUUUUAUCACGACCCACAAUCCUGUUCUUUAGAAAGGUCUCUUGGAAUGCUCAGCUGUGGUUGUGCAACUUCUUGAGACAUGGUUCAACCUUUAGAAACUACUGUUGCUCACGUACACUGCUUCAGAUAAUAAUGAGACGGUAUAGGAGAACUGGUCCAAAGCUGCACAGGCAUUGUGAUACCUGUUACAGCCGUCACUGCAAAGCCCCCAUAGAGAUUUCUAUGUCAUGCAUGGUCAUCAACUGCCGCUUGCUUUGUGGUGCCACUUUCCACAUGUGCAAAGAGGAUGAACACUCCCUUCUGUGUCCAAAUGAGAAAGUGCCCUGUCUUAAUGCUCAUUAUGGUUGCCCUUUCACCAUGUGUCGCUCUAGGCUGGCCAAACACUUGGAGGUGUGUCCUGCGAGCGUGAUAUGCUGUUCAAUGGAGUGGAACCGCUGGCCUGUCGAGAACCCCGAUGCACCCCUGUAUAUUAACGUCCUGAAAGAAAUCCAUGAGCAGAAAUCACUAGACCUUUCCAUGGCACUGAGAGACCAGAAACAUUUAUGUGCCAGGUUGAAAAUGAGGAGCUGUUUUCCUGAGUUAAUGGAGGAACGAGAAGAGGAACCCAAUCCAACAGAGGAAGAGGGAGCGGUAGGAGGAGAGACCCUGUCUAACAGGAUGCACAAUGGAAAUGAAGGUCCAGUUUUAGUAAAUGGACCUUCUAAAGAUUGUGAGAAAGCACUGAAUAUAGAUGCAGCCUUCAACUGUGCUGUUGACAAGGAAAAGUACAAUUUGUUUGAAAAGAUGUUUAGUAUGGAAAGGGGUGGUUGCAAGCAGGCAGGGGUUGAGGCAUCAAAAAAAGAUAAGAAAGGAGAAACGGCACCAUCUAAAAGUUCCUCUAACCCAGCCAUCACAAAGCAGCAAGGAGCUGCCAUAGAGCCUGAAAGACAACCAGAAGGUGAAAACACAUCCAAUGUAGAUGUAUCUAAAACUGGACUUGCACCUUGGCAGGAUGGUGUCCUGGAGAGACUUGGGCAGCAGGUGAACCCCAGAGAAUUCAACAUGUAUAUUGUGCACCAUGGUCGCAUGCUGAUCUCCUUUGGACAAAUGGAUGCUUGUACGCCCAGAGAAAGAGAUUUCGUCUAUGGGAAUCUGGAGCCGAUACCAGUCCAGACUCUUUGUUCCUUCAAAGUUCCUAUUAGUUACAAACAAAAACGCAUCCAAUUUAAAGAUACCUCCACGAAGGUGAUGACCGAGCACAAGAACGUAGGCACGUCUGAUUUUGGUGAGCCUGAGAAAGAUGGCCAGGAGAUGGAUGAGAUGUUUGCAACCUUACUCUGCUCUGCAGAAGCUGAGAUAAGGGGCCAUAAAAUAAGUGAAACGGUGCCAACAGAUGGACUUUAUGUUGACAUUGCAACACAGACAUAUAACUUUUCCACAACUCCCUUCAAGUAUAAUGCAACCCUGUCUGAAGUUACAGCAGACAGGGAUUUAAAACUUCACGUUCAGCUUGAUACAGAAACCGUUACUCUCAGACACAACAAAACAACCUCUGCAUUCACAUUCCUGUGUGGCCAUUUCUUUCGGCGGGAUGAGUUUGCCUACCAUUUUAAGAAUGUGCAUUCAGAUAUUCAGUCCUGUUUGAGUGGCUGGUUUGAGCAGAGAUGCCCUUUGGCCUACCUCGGUUGCACCUUUAGUCAACGAAGACUCCACCCUGCAACACAAACAGCCACAGUCUUCUAUAACCAAGACCUCAGCAUUUUCACCCUAAGACCUGAAGUUCCUGUAUCUCUAACCAAUGAUUCCCAGACCACCAGUGCACUAAAGACACAUGUGAGAUAUGAAGAUUCUCUUAGUAACCUUCCCUUUGAGGUGCUUUGCCACAUUGCUGGUUACCUGGAUAGUUUCACCCUGUCCCAGCUAGCCUUGGUCUCGCGAUUGUUCAGGAAUAUAUGUGCCACACUUCUUCAGGGAAGGGGAAUGGUGGCCUUUAAAUGGCAGAAAAAGUCAUACUCUCAUGGAGGAGCCAGCUGGAAACCAACAGUAGUCUGGGAGUUCAGUAGCCUUUUUAGUAAAGUAGGUAACUGGUGCAUUGGAGACACACCAUCAAUGGCUGAGCACCUGAAACACUGUCCAUUCUACCAAACUGAACUGAAAACAGAGCCAUUUGCCCUGACCAGUAUGAAUGACAACAAAAAAGAGGAGAGACACAGUUUGGUCACUUUACUUAUGGGACAGAAAUGAUAUAGUGACUGGGACUUUGUCUUCUUAAGUUUUUGUGUGAAUACACAGUGGAACAUUGUGAGAGACAUGUCGUACAGAAACUUUACAUGUGUUUGAUUCUGACUGGACGUUGCCUUUUACCUUUUGUUCUCUCUGUAAAAGUUACAUUAAAUUACACUGACAAUAAAGCUACAUGUGUGC